CCAUAUGUUUUGCUUAUGACUCGUAAAUAAUUGUGGAUAUUUGUGCACGCGAGCACGACCAGCGGGCUUGAGGCCAGGGGUGGUGGGGUGGGGGCUUCAACGUUGACCCACCGUGAGGGCGCUCGAGCUCCACCGUUUUCACGCACGGACGCACGUAGACCCGGUGAAAUCGUCACGCGGGUAGAAGAUGUGCAUUCUGUCGCGAGUGCUCCUGCGCGGCCAGAGAGCGCAUCCCGACGGAGUCCGGUCCGGUCCGGACGGUUCGGUCAGACUGUGAGAGCGUUUGUGUGUGYGCGCGCGCGCGUGGGAGGGGUCGGUGUUGCCGCACGGACUGAGUGGUGGUGGAGGGUGGACGCCGGGGGACCUGCGCUGGCCGUAUCGGAGCGUCCCAGUCCCGAGGAGCCCUCAUCCCAUCCCGUCCCCUCCCUCCGCGCGACAGCUCCAGCGGGAGGCCGGGAGCGGCGGCAGGAUGUAGCAGCGGAUUAACGGAGGAGAGAGGGKCGCUCAGAGGCAGAGAGGUGGACCGAGAGGACCGGCGCGGGUCGGAAGUGACAUGGGGAAGGACCAGGAGCUGCUCCAGGCCGUGAAGACCGAGGACCUGCUGACAGCUCAGCGGCUGCUACAGAGACCACGGCCAGGAAAAGCCAAGCUCCUCGGAGCAGCGAAGCGAGUUAACGUUAACAUCCAGGAUGCAGACGGGUUGUCACCGUUGCACCAUGCUGCCCUGAGCGGUAACAAGGAGCUGAUCUCUCUGCUGCUGGAGGCCCAGGCAGCGGUGGAUAUCAAAGACAAUAAAGGAAUGCGUCCCCUGCAUUAUGCUGCAUGGCAGGGGAAGACUGAACCAAUGAAAAUGCUGCUGAAAGCAGGCUCGUCAGUCAACGGACAGUCAGAUGAAGGACAGAUCCCUCUGCACCUGUCAGCUCAGCACGGACACUACGAUGGGUCUGAGAUGUUGCUACAACACCAGUCCAACCCGUGCAUCUCAGACUCAGCUGGCAAAACUCCGCUGGACCUCGCUUGUGAAUUUGGACGCGUUGGCGUGGUCCAGCUUCUGCUCAGCAGUAACAUGUGUGCAGCCAUGCUGGAACCCAAACCCUCGGACCCGAACGGAGUGUCACCGCUGCACCUUGCGGCGAAGAAUGGACACAUAGAAGUCAUACGGCUGCUGAUUCAGGCUGGUAUAGAUAUCAACAGGCAGUCCGAGUGUGGCACAGCUCUGCAUCAGGCUGCCCUCUGUGGGAAGACGGAGGUAGUGCGUCUGCUGCUGGAUAGUGGCAUCAGUGCAGGAGUGAGAAACACUCUGAGCCAAACCGCCCUGGACAUCGUUAACCAGUUCACCACCACACAGGCCAGCCGAGAGAUCAAACAGUUACUGAGAGAUGCCUCUGCUGCGAUGCAAGUACGAGCACUGAAGGAUUACUGCAACAACUACGACCUCACCAGCCUGAACAUUAAAGCUGGAGACAUUAUCACGGUUCUGGAGCAGCACUCUGACGGCCGAUGGAAAGGCUGCAUUCACGAUAACCGCACAGGAAAUGAUCGAGUGGGCUACUUUCCCUCCAACAUAGUGGAAGUGAUCAAGAGGGCAGGUUCUCGGACUGCAGAGCUGAGUCCUCAAGGCUCUCCCACUUUAGCACAUCAGAGCAGCACCAGCGAGGACAUUUGGGUGUUGCGUAAACCAAUGGCAGGUGGGGAGCGCAGCGGCAGUGUGGGCAGCCUCGGCAGCRUCCGGUCCUCAAGCAGCCUGCAGAGCUCUGGAAACACACACGUCCUGACCACGCCCGCACCCAGCCCUCACCCGGCGCCCACACCAGGAGUCAACACUCACGGCCUUAACGCUCCAGGUCUGCACGCACAGGCAGAAGGGGUCAAGCUCCUGGCCACUGUGCUGUCUCAGUCAGUAAAAGCCAAGGAGCAUCUCUUGGAGCAGUCGCAGUCUGUGGAGCAGUCAGCAAGCUCCUCUAGCUGCACGGUUCACGAGCAGCGGUCGUUUGAGCGGAAGGCAGAAGAGGAUGACGGGAAAAAGCAGGCGGUGGUGGCGUGGCUGGCGGAGUUUCAGCUGCAGUUCUACACCACCCACUUCCUCACCUCUGGGUAUGAUCUGGACACCAUUGGCUGCAUGACUCCCGAGGACCUGACAGCCAUUAAUGUGAUGAAGCCCGGGCAUCGAAAGAAGCUGCUGUCAGAAAUCAGCAAACUGUACUCCACAGACUGGCUSCUGGACCACAAACCUGCCAACCUGGCGGACUGGUUGUCUCACCUGGGUCUCAGUCAGUAUUACCAGGUUCUUGUGCAGAACGGGUACGAAAACAUUGACUUUGUCUCCGACAUCAGCCUCGAAGAUCUGCAAGAGAUUGGCAUCACCAAGCUCGGACACCAGAAGAAGUUGAUGCUGGGCGUAAAGAGACUGAAGGAGCUGCAGAGAGGGGACAGUGGGGCUGAGCCUCCUCAGAGCUCCUUAUCGCCUCCACCUAGCCCAGGUGGGAGCACCUCCUCAGAGCCACACAGAGAGGCGAGGAGGCAGCGGGACAGCGCCCUCGGCCCACUGGCCAAACCUCGACCGGGCCUCGCGCCCUCACAGACCCCUCCCCACACGCCCACCCAGACACCUCCGCAGACUCCUCCGCACGCCCGCACCCAGCAGGCCUCCCCUCGCGCCCGGCCUCGGGCGGACGCCUCCGUCCCUCUCCUGCGGCUGCCCUGUGGGGAGGAGGAGCGCCGGAGGACCUACAGCCUCAUCGGCUCCGAGUCGGAUUCGAAAUAUGCCACCGUGUGCCGCAGCAACUCCACGCACGCUGCCGCCUCCAACGACAUCACGCUCAACCACAGCCAGUCGUCCGUCACUCUCCGUCCCCGUCGGAAAGGCCGGCCCCCGACGCCUCCGAAGCGCUCCUGUUCCUCCAUCACCGGAGGUGACGGGGAUGGGGAGGGGCUGCUGGGGUUACCGACCUACCGAGAGCGGCGAGCCAGCGACUGUGGUGCCCUGGGAGCAGCUUUAAGGGCUCUGGACUCUGGCCUGGAGAGAUCAGAAGGUGGUUCUGGGAGCGUGCGCAGCCUGGCGGCCAUGCUGGAGACGUCCAUGGUGCAGAGGACUCUGGGAAGUGGUCCCAGCUACCUGCAGGUGAGUCCACCUCUGCUCCGUCGCCAGGCAGGUUCAGGAGGUCUAGGGUCCGAGGAGGAGGAUGUACUGAGUAGGCGCAGGACCAUCAGUGGACUUGAAAGCCUCCCCGGCAAUCUCUGUGAACCGUCGCCUCGCCAGCCGGCGCAGCAACGUCCAGAACCACGACCCCGAUCCAACGUGGCGUCCUCAGCACCCGAGGUCACAGACGGCACGRCGACGCUCAGGAGGAAGCCGCGGCCUCCGCUCGUGGACUCCGAGGCACCCGAGUCCGUGGCUACGACCGUCGUGACCAUGACAACCAGCUCCGACACUGUGCGCAGGAGGCCGCGCGCCUCCGAGCAGACAGAGUGCGUCACCCAAAGCAAUAAUCGGUCUGACUCUCCGGACGGCAGCCGGAAGUCCAAGAGCGAGCAGCAGCCGAAUGGCGGCGUGGUGCUGAGGCGGAGGCCGGUGUCCGACGCCGCAGAGAGGACAGAGACCACCAGGGAGAGCUGCGAGUGGAUGGAGGCCAGGAGGUCUCUGAAGCCACCCGUCUCACCAAAACCCUCCUCUGUGGCCAUGAGGAAAACACAGGCUGACCCCCCAACUCCCACUCGCAGGGUCCCCAUACCUGGACCCGACAGUCCCGAGGUGGCACAGAGUCCUGAGUCCAAGCGUGUCCCUCCUCCCGUGUCUCCGAAACCCCGCGGGCCUCCAACAGCUCCUAAACCGGGCAAAGCUGCAGCGUCUCCAGUCACGGUGAGCUCGAGCCCCACGGCCACGAGCCCAGCUGCAGCCGGCCCCACCGCAGCCCCCAAACUCUCCUCUCCCAUCUCUGCCGCCCCGCUCCCAGCUCCCGACACCCCGUCCGGCCCGUGUCUGUCUCCUGGACUCCCUCCUGCCUCCCCGUCUCCGGCACAGAGCCCCUCCACUCCGUCUCCUCACCCCAUCAAACCGCCGCGCUCCUCCAUCGCCGGGCUCUCCAUCGACCUGCUGGGAGGACGGGAGGUGGAGGAGGAGGAGGAGGAGGAGGACAGGAGGCGAGCGGAAGACGGGAAAGCGAGGGAGGCGGAGAGGUGGUCUUUAGGUAGGGAAGGAGCGACAGAGGAGGCGGAGAGUGGAGAGGAGGAAGCAAAAGAAGAGCACAUUCAGCAUCGUUUGGAGGAGACCAGCGCCUCCUUGGCUGCAGCUCUGCAGGCUGUGGAGCACAAAAUAAAGGAGGAGGACAAGCCCAAUGACAAAAAAGCAACAGUCUCAAUCCUGGAUGACAUCGGCAGCAUGUUUGACGACCUGGCAGACCAGCUGGAUGCGAUGCUYGAUUGAUCCCUCGCCCAAACCUUUUCUCCAACAAGGUCUUUCCCCCUCUCUCCCCGCCCUGCCCCGCCCCGCCUCAUUAUGUGUAGGUGUAAGAAGAAAACUCUCCCAUGGCCAAAUGCUGGCUUUUUGAGUGUGAAGAGUGUGUUUGAGUGUCCGCCCCCCCUCCUUAAGUGCUUCCUGAGUAGCCAUGUAUGCUGACGAGGAGGGAGUGGGGUUUCUCAGGGGCGCAGCAGCUCCAGCUCCUCCCUCCUGAYGCGAGGAGGUCACUCCCACACAACCUCUGACCUCUGCAACCCCCACCCCUCCACCCCAGCAGCCUCAAACAGCCGUGCAGGCCGAGAAGCACAAUCACGCUGCUCAUCCUUUAAAAGAAAGAACGGGAGGAUAAGAGUAAUACCUGCAGAACUAAGCACAUCGGUUGUCUCAAAGGCAGAUUAGAGUGAUGAAUAAACAGGAAUCGAACUGACGAGGUGGCUGAGAGAGUUUAUAAAAGCACACGGAAGGACRGACCGCUUUCUGAGUCUGUCUAAUUCCUGAAAUAUCAAAAAGAGUAAUUUUUUCCAGGUGCAUUGUAGCCUCCAUUUCUCCCUCCGUGUGAGCGGAGGAUUGUGGUUGGCUGGACUUUUCCCGACCCGCCUGUCUCUUUCCACGACGUCGUUGUUGUUGGUGCCGUUGCUGUUAUCGCUGGCUUCGUUGUUGUUCCGAGUGCGUGCGUAGUCCCUGCUUUUGCUCGUGUCAGUGUCCUCCCACUCGUACAGUAGUUACUCCUAUCGAUCAGACCAACUAAAAACAAAAUUUUAAGACACUCUCACAUUAAUAGGAAUUGUUCGGCUCUUUUCAUCUUCAUUCAUUAUGCUCUACAUAACACAUGAAAAAUACUGACACACACACACACACACACAGAGCUGUGUGGUACUUACCUUUGUUCCACAACAGUGAACAAUGCUUUCAAAAGAUAUUCCUGUUUUUUAAUACUUUACAUAGCAUAUCAAGUAAACAUCCACACAGUUUUUCUAAAAUACCUGAGCUGUUAGAGCUCCCUCUAAUGUUGGUUUGUGAAACUGCCUUUAAUCUGCCCUAAUACUGCUUGUCUUCCUGUUUUUUAUUAUUUUUGUUUUUUUAAGCCUCCUGGGGCCUCGUGUACGAAGACGAGUGGAUUUUUUUACUGAAACAUGGCUUAAAUUGAGGAAAUGGCGUGUGCCCGUUGCUGGGAGAAAUUAAGAACCCACUGCURCUUUCAUUUGGCUCAUUUUAAGGCUGAGAUAUUUCAAACGGUUUAAUAAGAAAAUGACAUUAAACACAAAGACACUCCGGGGUUUGAUACAUCUUAUAGGUGUAUUCUCUGAUUUACAGGGGAACUAACACAUUCGAUCUAACAUUACCUGUUCAACUGAUCAGAAAAUUUAGCAAAAUUUCAAAAACGUAAUCAGCCCAUUUGUACAUCAUCAUCUUGAUGUGUUCUGAUGCACAGUUCUUAAAUAUAACUAUUAAAAUGCCAAUAUUUAUUAAUUACAUAAACACCUACAUGUGGGAAACUGCUGAUGGACAUUAAUAUAAAUAUUUUAUGUCUUAUUAUAACAAUCUGACACAUUAAAAAAAAUUACAGAAAACGGAUCCUCAGACACUUUUAGCUUCGUUUAGCUGGUGAAGCAGGAGACCUUCCAGAUGUGUCCAAUCAUAAUUUUUACAUCAUUAAGAGACUCCCAGCUCAGUGCCACCUAUUCAUUUGGCAUCAGCUUCAUUAAUGAUACCUUUUGCACGGAGAAAGCCUCCUUUGCACACGAGGCCCCCGGUGCCUGUUUCUUUAACUCUGCAAAUCUCUGUGCCUUUGUAGUCUUCUUCAUAUAAUAUUUUAGUUUAACGGCUUUUAUUGUCUCUUUUAAAAAAAAGAAACUUUUGUGUCAGUGAUGUCAAAAGUAGCUUCAAAGUUGAGUUGUGCUCCUGAAAACUCAACCCCACCCCUCCAUCUGUCUGCGACCUUCUGUGACCAUUCCCACGCCUUGGUACGAGCUGAUUAAAGCCCCUCUGUGAUAAGUUGGCUCCACUCCUCCAGUUUUCAGUGUUUCUCCUCCGUGUGAGCCAAGACGGUGGAUCCACCACCGGUUUUCAUCCCAGUGAAGAGUCCACUUGUAUUUUUCUGCUCUUUGAAAACAAAAAAUAUAUUUGAGAGACAGAUAGUUCUAUGUGAAUAAUAUUGAUAAUAAUUAUAAUAAUGUUAUCUUUGAUGAUAAUCAUUAUGAGAGUUCUGAACCUUGAACUGGGGCGAGUCUGUACAUUUAUGGUUGAGUUCUGGAUGUGUUGUGAUGGCUGUCGUGCCAUGCUCAGAUUUAGGUUGUGUUUCUGCUGUGACAAUGCAUUCCUGUACAGAUGUGAUCAGAAUAAAUGUAUAAAUUAAACCUCAACUUGCUCUUUAAA